AUGCACUCCCCGGUGUUGUCUAUGAAUGAUAUUUCCAGAGCGUUCAUCUACAGGUUCUGCGGCGUCUUCCUUACUCCUAGAAAAGACGAUGUGAUUCCUAGCCCGGAUGCGGCAAGAUGUUUUAUGAGAAACCUGUCAGCUGCUGAUCGUGAAAUCGAUGUCGACUACUACGAAUACCCGGAUGGAUUCCUAAACCUGCCGGGGAUGAAGCCACUCGUCAAAGUCACCGAGGGAAUCACUGGAAGAGCAUCAGUGUCAUCAGUCACGGUGCGCAGGGUAGCGUAUAUCUCCGUGCCUGGCAUCCAUUUGGUGAGAUGUACAUCUGGUCUUAUAGGCCUACGUGAUAAUCGGUGGAAGAAUAUCAUUUUCGCAUUCUUUACGACUGUUAUCCAAGAGUCAUACUUGAAACCUGGAUGGGAGGAGAUCGUCUAUAAGGAUGACAAGCCAAGUAACAGUGGGUUAAUCAACUUCGUCCUAAGAAAUGAUAUGUGGACUGGUUCUGAUCACUUGGUUCUCAUAGUUUUCAUUGGGUCGCCUCCAUCAGAUGAUGCCAACGAGAGAUAA